CUCUAUAAUGGGCAACGGCGUUUCUCACCGGCCGGAAUCUUCAUCCGGAAAAGUAAUCCUCUCCGACGGCACAAUCCACGAAUACGACACACAACUCACCGCCGCAGACCUCAUGCUAGAUCAUCCUCGUCACAUGGUCGUCGAGAUAUCUCACUCCGGCAAAGAUAUUACCGUUAAUUCCAAACAACAGCAUCGUCGGCCGAUCAUCCCAUUACCGGCGGACAAGAAACUAGAGAAGGAAAAGCUCUACUUCAUGAUGCCGAUGAAGAACAGAGGAAAGCCGGCAUCUUUUUUACUUGAAGAAAUUCAGAGGUUACUGUUGAGAUCGAAUUAUAAUUCAAAUUCCAAGAACAUCUUAUCUUCAACGACUGGAUUUGUUCCGUUGAUCGUACGAUUUAUCUGUACGGUUAGGUCGGAAUCGGAGAUUCAGAGCAUUGUGCAGAUGAAGAACGUGAAAGGGAACUGCUUGGAGGAUAAAAAGGAGUUGAUGACGUCAUCCUCCGACGAGAUUUUGGAUGACCGGCCGGAGUUUAUGAGCCGGCAGUUUUCCGGGAGAGGGUGGAAGCCUAGUUUGGAUACGAUUAUUGAGAAGGGUGUUAAGCUAAAGGUUCGCCACUGGUUACUUUAA